AUGGGGUUACGGACCCUCCCCGGGGGUUACGGACCCUCCCCGGGGUACAAAGGCCGCAUCACCGGGCCCUGUGGAGUUCCCGGGUUAUCCACGUGGGGCUGGAAGAGGAACCCGCAGCUUUCCCCCGUGGGGAGCUCCAGGAGUUCCACACGGAGCCAGAAGGCAGAACAAGGGGGGCUUCGAACCGUCUGCUGCGGGGCGCUGUCCGGCUGCUCCCGUUGGCUGCGGCUAUGCCCAGCGGAGAGCGGCGACGCUGAUUGGUCUGACGCUUUGCCAAUCGGACGGCUGAAGAGCUGUCUGCUCGCCAAUUGGCCGCGCUGUGCCGAGUGCCCGCAUCGGGGCGGGCCGAGAGGCCGCGCCCUCCGUCGGACUCGGAGCUGGGUCGCCAUUGGCGAGCGCCGCUGUCAGUCAGAGCUUGGGGGAGGUGCUCUACGUCCGGUUGGCCACUACAGCCGCCAAUCACGGCGGGGGCGGGGCUCGGCUUCUUUGUCUCUGUUGUUGGGCGUGAGACUGAGGCAGACGGCGCGCGAUUGGCUGCAGCCGGACGGCGGCGGCGCCGCCGAUUGGCUGUCGUCUGCGGAGCGUCCGCCGAUUGGCCGACGGGGCCGGCAGCACCCGCAGGCCCGGGAGUUCUGCCCGGGGGUGAACAACCGGCCCUACGUGUGCGAGACCGGGCACUGCUGCGGGGAGAGCGGCUGCUGCACCUACUACUACGAGCUGUGGUGGUUCUGGCUGCUCUGGACCAUCCUGAUCCUGCUGAGCUGCUGCUGCGCCUUCCGGCACCGCCGGGCCAAGCUGCGCCUGCAGCAGCAGCAGCGGCAGCGGGAGAUCAACCUCAUCGCCUACCACGGUGCCUGCCAGUACCCGCCCUCCUCGGGGGACCUCCGGCUGCUGGCCUCCUUCAAGCUCCCGGCGUACGAGGAGGUGGCGCGGCGCCCCGGGACGCCGCCGCCGCCCUACAGCCCCGGGAGCCCCUCGCUGUCCCCCGGCUCCUCCGGGGGCUGCAGCUCCUGCUCCUGCGGCUGCUCCUGCGCCUCCUCCCCCAGCAGCUCCUCGCUCUCGGCACCGGGCACCGACGAGACGGACCCGGAGCCGGGCCCGGGCACGGGGGGUGGCAGUACCGGCCGUGACUACGGCUCCAGCAGCACCGGCACCGGCGCCAGCUGGGACCUGCCCCUGCCCGAGGAGCCGCCGGCCCGCGGGGGCCCCCCCAAACAAGUGCCCCCGGACCUGUGCGAGGCCGAGGGUCGCCCCUGCUCCGACACCGAGGGGGGCGAGGACGGGGCGGGCAGAGCCGUGCCAGGGGGGUGCCCCGGGAGGCACCGGCGGCUCACGGGGGAUUCGGGCAUCGAGGUGGGCCGGGGCCUAGAGGAGGAAGAGGGUGAGCCUGAAGGCUACGGGGGAGCAGGGGGUGGUGGGGGGCCCGGCUUACCCGUGCUGCCUGUCUGAGCCCCCCCACAGGACCCCCAGCUGGGGUCUGGACUCAUCACGGAGCCCCCGGGGGCUCCUCGCCCCGACUGACACCCACCUUGCAGUGUGGUGGGGUCCUGCUGCAGCCCCCUCCCCUCCAAACUGCUCCUGGGGCCCCCCCCUGUGAUCCCGGUGCUGCUGCCCGGGGGGUGCCCGAGGCCGUGGGCGGUCCCGGCGUGUUCUCUCACCAUUAAAGAGAUGUGGAAG